AACGGAACAUUGCAUGGAAUCGCGAAAUAUAUCUCGAUUCUCACUCGGGAUUGGUUUAACACACGAUCCCACGUAAAUUCGAAAACGCGAAUCCGUAAUUUCAAAGGAUAUACACACACGAUCGCAGUGGAUGAUUCGGUACGAAAGAACAUCCCAAUCCGCCAACGCAGGUGCGCGCUCAGAAGGCGCGCGGUGAGUUAACCCCACCACCAUACACCACCAUACUCGGCCGUGUUGCAGAUACGUCUAUAAAAGCCUUCAUCGUGCCCGCUCGCUUCGAGUUAAGUCGGCAAACCCUUCGAUCGGGAUCCUACAACGGGUCGAAUCGUGUCCGUCACUCUACGAUUUUGGUGAACUUGUGCGAGCGGAUCGGUUUCCCUGAAACUACGAUUCCUGCCUGAAAAGGACGUCUUUUCUGUUUUUUCAAUCUCGAAGAACACCAAUAAUCACAUGGCGAUCACUUCGGUCAACUCACAAUCGGUGACGGUUCUUAUACGCGCUUGGAUUUUCAUGAUAAUCUUUUGUUUCGCGGGUGGUGUAGCAGGUUCUUGUUUAAGCUAUGGACAUUCAUGUUGGGGAGGUCAUGGUAAACGCAAUGGAGGACAUAAUAAUGGAUAUUUAAUGCCAUCCAAGACAAUAAAUGAACAAGAUGUACCAUAUCUUACAAAAGAUCAAUUCAUACUUUCCCGUUUGAUUGGUCGACCAUUAGUAUCUAACAAAAAUAAAGGAAGAUGGGACAGACUUUUCAAAAUAAAAGCUAGUUUUCCAGAGCAUUGGAAUGACGAUGAAUUUGAUACCCAUCUUAUUAACAAUGAACCUAUUCGAGAUCAAAACAACAAUGAAAACAUGGACCAGAAUAAAAGGAAACAUAUCGAAAAUGUGCAGAAUAUGGCAGGAUACGAUAAUAUCAACGACGAAAGGAAAGAAAUUCCAGAAAUACUACUGAUAUCGAAUAAUGAGAAUAAUCAUCAUAACAGUAAACCACAAAAUGUAGAGUUAUUCAAAUUUUUGAGUAACACAAAUGGUAAUUUCGAAUAAGAGAAACGAAUAUUGCUAUGAAAUAUGAUGUAAAAUAAAAAUUGUCAUAAUUAUAUUGUAAUUGAAAUAAGAAUAUUGUAAUAAGAAUAUUGUUUAAACUAAUUUAUUAGAAAUUCUGUUUCUCAUAUUUAAAAUUGAAUUACUCGAUUAUUCUGUUAGUAAUUUAUAUAAAUCCUAUGAUUUUAUCUUUUAAAAUCUGUACUAUCUAGUUAAAGUUUUCAUCGCAAUAUAU